AUGCGAAAAUAUCGUAGCGGACGGCCGAGAUAUAGUUCAGAACAAUUGGAACACGUUAUUCGUCCUCAAGAGGGUGAAUUGGAACGCAGAUACUUUGACAAAACAAGAUAUAAACCUAGGGAAGCAAUAAAGUCACCAAUCACAUAUGAAUCCAAUGCACGACAUCCAAACACCUCCAAUGACAGCGGGCACGAUCUGAACCCGGAAAAAGAUUUAAAAUCUAAAAGAGGUCCGAGAUUCGGUGGAAGUCGAGAUUUGAUUUCUCAUGGUAAUCGAUUUUCUUCAUCGUAUGAUGACGAAUCUUCGGUCCGAACAGAUAUCCUUGAAGAUCGAUGGAACAACCGAGGAAGGGACACAGGGCAACAUGAAGGAGACAAGAUUGGUAAAGAUGAUGGUCGACGCAAGGACGAAUCAGAAAAUGUUCGACUUUCAUCGUCAGACAGAAGAGCAUUUGAGUAUAAGAAUAAGCUAGCUGGACAUCGGGUAUUUGUUAGUCCGGAUUAUUUCGACGAUGCAAGCGUGGUGGUUAAGGAUGAAAGCGUAAAGGUCAGUAAACUCAGUAAACUCCCGUUGUGGAAGAGAAUUAGGAAAUACCGGAUUGGAGGAAUAAAGAAUGACAAAUCAAAUUUGGAUUUGUUUGAAGAGGAUUUUACUGAAUGGCUAAAGACGUUACGAUUGGCGAAAUAUUCUAUUUUAUUCAAAAAGAUGUCGAAACGUAAGAUUCUUAAAUUGACCGAUGCGAAAUUGGAAUCUUUGCAAAUAACGUUAGGUGCACGCAGGAAAUUACUGAAAGAAUUAGCUAGAAUUAAUGAGACGAGGCAAGCGGAAAAGAGGAAGGCGCAGGGAGAGGAAAAAAAAGGGAUGGGUUUGGAAGGUACAAUUGAGAAACAGGGGAAAAGUGAAGGUGAGAACGAAACCGCAGGAGAUAGUGGAAGGUUGAAUAAUCCGGUAAGCGCUUGA